AUGUCGGGGCUCAUGAAAGAGGCUUAUUAUACGCCCUCCAACCCGGGCUCUUUAGGUGGUAAACGAUUAAAAGACGCCAUCUUGAAAGACAGCGGGGUCCCUCUAAGCGAUAAACAGGUUUCAGAAUGGUUGGCUGGUGAGGAUGCUUACACAUUACACAAAACAGCGCCUAUAAAAUACAAACGAAACAGAGUGGUCGUGUACGGGGUCGAUACUCAGUUCCAGGCCGAUCUCGUCGACAUGAUCGCCUACGCUAAGGAUAAUGACGGUCAUAAAUAUCUGCUGACGUGCAUAGACGUAUUUAGCAAGUACGCCUGGGCUCGUGUGUUGAAGAAUAAGAGCGGUCUCGAGGUCACUAGAGCGUUCGAGUCUAUCCUCGAAGAGGGUCGUGUGCCGCAGAAAUUGCAGACGGAUCAGGGAAAGGAAUUUUUUAACAAACAAUUUCAAGAUGUGAUGAAAAAGCACAACAUUAAUCAUUUCGCUACCGAUUUGAAAGCCAUCGUCGUGGAACGAUUUAACAGAACGUUAAAAAGUCGUAUGUGGAGAUUUUUAACGGCUACAAAUUCCCGUCGAUACAUAGAUGUUUUACAAGACAUCAUGCAGGGGUACAACACCAGUUAUCAUCGAAGUAUCAGAAUGAGACCCGUGGACGUCGUCAAAGUAAACGAGGAUCAAGUGUUUCAAAACUUGUACGGCGAUAUAAAGAAGACAGAAAGACCCGUAUUUAAUUUCAAAGUCGGCGACGUCGUCAGGAUUUCUAAAGUGAGAGGCCCAUUCGCCAAAGGUUAUGAGCAGAACUACACGGAGGAAUUUUUCACCGUAUCCUCGUGUAUUCCGCGUCAACCCCCGGUCUACAGACUCACCGAUUAUGACGGGGAUGUCAUUGAGGGGGUUUUUUACGAAAAAGAGCUGCAAAAAAUAAUUGUGAGUAAAAACAAAUCUUUUAAGGUGGAAAAGAUUUUAGGUCAGAAAAAACAAGGGAAAUCUACGCUUGUUUUAGUGAAAUGGCUAGGGUGGCCUUCAAAAUUUAAUAGUUACGUAGAUAAAAAAAACUCUGCUGGACUUAAAACACCCCGACGUUUAACGGAUGAGAUCAUACCAGCGAAGGACCGCCAUGGACGAUCACGGGUUCUACGUCACGUUGCCGUGCAAUGCAUCGUCGUCGGUUUAUCCUGA